GGCUCUAUUUUCGAGAAGUUGAAGAUCUGCUCCAUGCCCCGGUUCGUCCAAUUCACCCAUGACCUGCUUCCGAUCAAGAACGACCCUGACGUGGUGGUCACGGACCUCCGCUUCGGGACCAUCCCGGUGUGGCUGUACCAGCCCAAGGCGGCCUCCUGCUCCAGCAGGCCAGGCAUCGUGUUCUACCACGGAGGCGGGGGCAUCAUGGGGAGCCUGAGAACCCACCACAGCAUCUGCCGCCAGCUGUGCAAGGACAGCAACUCCGUGGUCCUGUCGGUCGGGUACCGCCUGGUACCCCAAGGUAGGUUUCCGGUGCUGGUGAGAGAUUCCAUCUGCGCCACUAUCCACUUCCUGAGGUCCCUGAAGCUGUACGGGGUGGAUCCGGCCCGUGUGGUCUUGUAUGGUGACAGCGUUGGAGGUGGACUGGCAGCCGUAGUCUGUCAAAACCUCUUGGACUAUCCAGAUCUCCCCAAGAUCCGCGCCCAGGUGCUCAUCUACCCUGGCCUCCAAGGUAUUGAUUUCCAGUGCCCCUCGUAUCAGCAGAACAGGAAUGUCCCAUUGCUCAGCCUGGACUUUGGUUUCUUCUGUUGGAGCAACAACCUGAGCAUCAACCCUGCCUGGAAGAGCAUCAUCCUGCAAAAUGCGCACUUGCCCCCUGCGGUGUGGGCAAAGUAUCAGAAGUGGCUGGGCCCAGACAACAUCCCUGAGAGGUUUAAGCAGAGGGGGUACCAGCCGAAGACCCCUGGGCCCCUGAAUGAGGAUGCCUACCAGGAGUGCCUCCUGGCUCUGGAUGAGAUGGUCUCGCCCCUGAUCGCCUCUGAUGACGUGGUGUCGCGGCUCCCGGAAACCUGC